UUCGGCCCAUUUGUUCAUGAAAGAGUUACAUCUGGGGUUAGUUAAUGGAGUAGUUAAUACACCACUCUGCCCCAACUCUGAACUCUAGAAAUCUCUCACUUCUCUCACUCCUCUCACUCAGGCGGAUUUUACGAGGUUUCAAUUUCUGAAGCUCGUUCCAGAUCAAUUUUUGAAGUGUUGUGGUUGGAAGUCUGGAAUGAAUGACCUGUUAUCCCUGGGCCCGGGGCGGCCGGCCGUCCUGCCCUGGCUCAGGGAGGGGCCUUUAGCCUUGAGGGAACUUGGAAGGACCCGGUUACUUUAUGGGAAGAAAAAUAUGGGAUUCUCAGUGGUUGCCAAGGUGAGGAAAGUGAAGAAGAAUGAGUAUCCAUGGCCUGAAGAUCCUGAUAUCAAUGUGAAGGGGGGAAUUUUAACUCAUUUGUCCCCUUUCAAGCCCUUGAAGGAGAAGCCGAAACCUGUCACUCUCGACUUUGAGAAGCCACUUAUGGAUCUUCAGAGGAAGAUUGUAGAUGUAAGGAAGAUGGCAAACGAGACUGGUUUGGACUUCAGUGAUCAGAUAGCAUCAUUGGAAGAUAAAUACCAGCAGGCACUGAAGGAACUGUACCUACAUCUAACUCCUAUACAGCGUGUGAAUAUUGCUCGGCAUCCCAACCGUCCAACUUUUCUUGAUCAUGUUUUCAAUAUCACAGAGAAGUUUGUGGAACUGCAUGGAGAUCGAGCUGGUUAUGAUGAUCCUGCUAUAGUUACUGGUCUUGGUACCAUAGAUGGUAGGUCGUAUAUGUUCAUUGGUCAUCAGAAGGGAAGAAACACAAAGGAGAAUAUUGCACGCAAUUUCGGGAUGCCUACUCCUCAUGGAUACCGGAAGGCUCUACGCAUGAUGUAUUAUGCUGAUCAUCAUGGGUUCCCCAUUGUCUCCUUUAUUGAUACUCCAGGGGCAUAUGCGGAUUUGAAGUCUGAGGAGCUAGGGCAAGGAGAAGCAAUAGCUCACAAUUUAAGGACUAUGUUUGGGCUGAAAGUACCGGUUAUUUCUAUUGUUAUUGGUGAAGGUGGUUCUGGUGGUGCUCUAGCCAUUGGCUGUGCUAACAAAUUGCUGAUGCUAGAAAAUGCAGUCUUCUAUGUAGCAAGUCCAGAGGCAUGUGCAGCUAUCUUGUGGAAGAGUGCUAAAGCUGCUCCCAAGGCAGCAGAAAAGCUGAAGAUAACUAGUGCAGAGUUGUGCAGGUUACAGAUUGCAGACGGUGUCAUCCCUGAACCGCUUGGUGGUGCACACGCCGAUCCAUCAUGGACAUCACAGCAAAUCAAGAAGGCAAUAGUAGAAUCGAUGGAUGAGCUUGUGAAAAUGGACAUUGAAGAUCUUUUGCAUCAUAGGACAAGUAAGUUCCGGAAAAUUGGAGGUUUUCAAGAGGGGUUACCUGUUGAUCCUAAGAGGAAAGUGAAUAUGAAGAGGAAAGAAGAACCACAUCAAAGCAAGCUUUCAUCGCUGGAGCUGGAGGGUGAGGUGGAAAAGCUGAAGCAGCAAAUUCUGAAAUCCAUGCCUUUGUCAACAGAAACUCCAAAUGUGGAUGAGAUGAUAGAGAAGCUCAAGCAGGAAGUUGACAAUGAAUUUUCUGAAGCUGUUCAAGCCUUAGGCUUGAAGGACCGGCUUUUGAAGUUGCGGGAAGAACUCUCUAAAGCAAGAAAUUCCCAAGAUGAACUCACACAUCCAGUGCUGCUGGAUAAGGUUGAGAGGUUUAAGGCCGAGUUCAGUCAACGUCUAUCCACAGCCCCUAAUUCCGCAAGCCUCAAUUAUAAGCUCGAUAUGCUUAAAGAAUUAUCUAAUGCCAAGAAAAUCUCUGAAACUAAGAGUAAAUCAACCACGUUGAAGCAGGAGGUGAACAAGAAAUUCAAAGAGAUCCUCGAUCGCCCUGAUAUAAAGGAGAAGGUUGAAAUGCUGAAUAGUGAACUUGAGAAAUCCGAAGCCUCCACACUGGAUGAUAUGGACAGUGGAUUAAAGAAAAAGAUUACAGAGGUGAAGAAAGAGAUACAAACAGAAUUUGCAACUGUUCUUAGGUCCCUGGAUUUGGAUCUGAAGAUUGUAGAAACAAAUGCUGGAGAUACUGUUGAAGGGAGCUUGCCCACGAACGUAAAAAGUAUGAUUGGAGAACUAGAUGAAGAAAUACACAAAAAGAUUGAAGAAACUGUCAACUCAUCAGACUUAAGGAACAAAAUGAAUUUGCUGAAAUUGGAGCUAGCUAAGGCUGGAAAGAACGCUGAUGGAGAACUGCGAAAUAGAAUCCAGGUCAUUUCGAAAGAAAUAAAGGAGACUCUUGUAGAGGCUCUAAGUACUUCUGAGUUAGUUGAGAAGCACGGAAAGGUUAGCGCUGAGAUCGAAAAGGUAUUAGAAUCAGAUGGAAGUUCAAGUAAAAGUACGAACAGUGGAUCAAAAGCAGAGAUUAGCAUUGGAGCUGAGCGCAGCUAUGCUUAGUAUUUUUAGAUUUGGUUUCAUUUUGUCACUUUGGAAUUUGGUCAUUUCUCUUGUUUUCUUCUGUGAACAUUGUUUCACAUCGAAGACAAAUGCAAGUGUCGAAACUUCUUGUAAUAUGAGCGCGAUUAAUGACUACUGCCCACUAUUUCAAUGUAGGGGAGGGAUUUUAGUACUAGUUGAGAUACAUCAUAAUUUCAUAUUGGUCUUUGUGUCAUCGAACUUGUGCUUGUUUGCAAUAAGAAAUUUAGAUGUAAGUUUAGUGAGGUUAUAAGCACAUAGGCUUCGGCUUCUUUCGGUAUCUAGGAGUCAUUAUGCAAAAGGAUGAAAAUUUGAAUGUA